CGACUCAGGCUCCAGCAGCCUUUGUCAAACAAUAAACAGGAAGACUGAAAGCAAUGCUUCCGGGAAUUGGGGUGUUUGGCACUGGAGACAUUGUAAGAGCUCUAGUGCCAUUCCUCAGAGCAAAAGGAUUCCGAGUUGAGGCAGUUUGGGGGCGCACGUUAGAAGCAGCGGAAAAUGUUGCAACAGAACUCAACAUUCCAUUCCAUACAAACAAGGUGGAUGAUGUGCUGUUGAGAAAAGAUGUGGACUUGGUGUUUAUCAUUUGCCAGCCAGACCUUCAUGCUCAAAUUGCUGUGAAAGCUCUUGGUAUUGGCAAGCAUGUUCUGUGUGACAGACCAGCUGGCCUUUGUCAGCUUGAGGUGUUGAAGAUGGUGCAUGCUGCUCAGUACUACCCAUCGCUCAUUUCCGUCAUAUCCCAUGGGCUUCGAUUUCUUCCAGCAUUUGUACAUAUGAAACGGCAGAUUGAGACAGGUUAUGUAGGCAUGGUCAAUGUCUGCGAUGUAAGAGUACAUUGUGGUAGCAUGAUUGGGAAUCAGUUUGAUUGGAUGUGCAGUCAUUUGAUGGGUGGGGGAAUCCUAACGAUGGUUGGCAGUCACAUAAUUGACAUUGUUUCAUUUGUUACUGGACAGAGAGCUAACCGUGUUCAUGGCAUGAUGCGCACUUUCACAAAAAGCACUGAGAAAAUCAACGGAAUCAGAUGGAUUGAUAGUGAUGACUUUUGUAGCUUCCAAAUGAUCUUAGAUGGUGGAGCCUGUGUAACGGCUACUCUUAACAGUCACAUGUCAGGAGGUUUUAUUCAAGAAGUAGUUGUGUGUGGCAGCCAGGGCAGAUUAGUUGUCCAUGGAGCGAAUCUCUAUGGUCAGAACCACACUACUGAGAAGGAGGAGCUACUUCAUGAGGGCCCAGAUGAUGUGGCUCACCUCACAAAUAAGAACAAUAGUGCAAGAAUCAACUCUCUCUUACCACAGCCUUACCUUCAAGGACUCUUCAGGUUGGUUGGAGCUCUCAAAGAAGCAUUUGCAACAGGAGAUGGGGAGCAUGGUUGGCUGAAAGAGCCUGUGUCUAGCGCAGCCACAUUUGAGGAUGGUCAGUACGUUCAAGCCGUCAUCGAUGCCAUCAAACUGUCAUCAGCCAGUCGUCAGUGGGAGCAGGUAACAGUAGCCAAUGAUGAGAAUGAACUGAAUCCCUUAAUGACCCGCCUUAACCUCCCUAACAUUAAUAUGAGCUCUUUGGAUGCACUUUCUCAAGCUCCAACUAACAGACCUCCUCCCCAUCGUAAGGUGACUAGUUCAGAGUCGCACCUGCCAUGGAGCUUCGCUACAAAGCACUAAAAUGUUGUUGGGGAUCUUAUUGCUUCUUAUGGUCUUGUGCAUUAAAGGAAUUGAUGGUGUAGAGACUGUCUUAGUGUAUAAUUUAAACAAGGCUUCGUGUGGAUGGUAAUGCAGUCUAUAAAAUGUAUAUAUAUUUGUGUAUCAGUAAUUGCAGAGGAAAACAUUAAUAUAGUUGUCCUCUUGACAGAAUCAUUUGUUUCUUAGUUAUAACUGUGCUCUCUAACCUCCUACAAGUAAGGGAAAAAGACUUGACCUGCUUUUUAUCAAUGUAUGCACUCAGUAUAUUUCACUCUGUUGCUUUUUUUAAAUUGUUUGUUAUGCAUUGUCACUCUUGCAUUGAGAAGAUGAAUUUAGCACACACUACUGUAUACAAACAGAUGUUUCCAUUUUUUCUUCCAUAAUGAAUUAGUUUUUUUUAGUUUAAUUUUAAAAUUAUAAUUUCAUGCAUAAGCAAACAAUUCUUUCAAGGGGUAUGUUUAUCUUCGUACUGUACCAAAGUGUGUAUUUAUACUGUCGUCACUUUGUUGUCAUGAUAUAUAUGAAGCUUUAUACGUUACAUAAGCUUUAUUGCUUUAGCCUUAAUAUUGUGAAUAGUUGUAAGCUGGUAGGGAAGUGUACAGUUUGGGAAAAUAGUUUAAUGGAUUUUCUGCUGAAUUUUAGCUUUUGACCUAUUACAUUGCACUGCAGUAUAUGAGCAUGUCUCUUGUACAUUGCUGUAUAUAAUAUUUAUUAUCUCUUGUUUGGGAAAUCGGUUAUAUAAAAGCAAGUUUAAGAAAUGUUUGUUUAUACAAAACUAACUAUAUUUGUAACUGAAAAGGUUUUAAAAUUUUUGAUCUAAUUUGUGAUUAAAAUGAAAUAAAAUACAAAUUUGGAUACACGUUUAGGAAUUCAGUGGCGAUGGGUUAGUGUUACUGUUAUAAAAUACUGUACUAACAUUUUUUCCUCUUGAUAACGUAUAAACAUUUCUUCAGCUGCAUUCUCUUUUUAUAUUAUAAUGUAGUAGAUAUUAACGUUUUAUAUUUGUAAUGUAAAAAUAACAAUGUCCAGUUUUACAGUUCAUUGUUGUAUAGUAAUACUGUAUUCUCCUAACCUCUUUCUUUGCAGUUACUUUUUGGUUGUAUUCUUGUCAUAGACUGUCUUUACUCACUAUUCAUUUUUCUUUAAAUGUUUGAAUUCCAGUAGAUCAGAUUUUAUUUGUGCUCUGUAUAACUGUCAUGUAGUAUAAAUUAUCAUGUGUGACCUUCAUUCACCCAGCACCUUGUCCUCAGUCACUAGCUAGCAUGCUCCCACCCACUAGCUCUCUCACUCCCAUGCAGUAGCCUGCAUGCUCCUGUUGACAGUGGACUUGCCUGAGGUCAUUGUGAGGUGGAGGUGAAAGACUGUCAUGUACCACAUUUUUCCCUGCAUGUACACCACUAAAGAUUUUUAUGGUGUACACCAAAAAUAUGCCACAACUUUGCAAAAUGCGUUUACAGACAUGUUAACAGAUCACACGUUAUCCGAUGGUCUAUUGUAAGUCAUUUCCCUCCUCGCAAAGCUAUGGAGGAACUCUGGUUCAGUUUUGGACCUUGAUGCCGUUUUCAAGCUGUCUCUUGCCCUGUCUGCGUCUCGUUCAUUUGUAGCUCCUUUGGCGAUUCCUCCCAUUUUCUGCACUUUUUAACAUCUUUAAUUUUUUUUUCAUGUUUACCUACAUCUUCAGUUGGGUUCUCUGCAUUCCUGGUUGAACUGUGGUCACUUUUUUUCCUUAUUGUCUUCAAAAUUGGUUUGAAUUUUUUUUUUCUUGGGACAUUUUGUCUGUUACCCCUCUCUCUCUCAUGCACAAUACUCUAUUACAAAAGUUUCCUUUCUCAUUGCACUAAUUCUCAUGUUUAUAGUUCUUUCUCCAUUACUCCCUCACCAGACAUUUCAAGUGGGUAUCAGAAGUUGGAACCACAUGAUGGCUGGCACAUAGGUCGAUUUCUCCUCUGACAUUCUUUUAGGAUGAAUAUAUUCAUGGGGAGAUGCUAAACCUAUAUGGAUUAUAUAGCACUUGGGAACAGGGUGGUAAUCAGGUUUAAUCCAAUGAAAGGAAAGAUUGCCCAUCAAUUCUUUGGAUCAAGAUCCCCUACUGGCAUUAAGACAACCCCCUUUCAAGGGCAUUUGAGGUGAAAACCAGGUCAAGUUUUAUUGCCUCCUUAUGUUGGCUGAAGAACUUUCACUGUUGUCUUAGUUUUGCUCUCCAAAGACAUUGGUAGCAGAGAAUCCUUUUAAUAAAAUUUUUUGCCCAAGGCUGGGCCUUGAUAAAUAUCCAGUUUGGGCAAAAAAUGUUGUAUAAGGUUUCUCUACUACCAGUGUAUUUUCCACUGUUGGCUUUUGCCACUGUUUGCCUUUGUGCUAUGUGCUCCUAAUACCCCAUGAGGGCUUCUAAUUUCUCAAGUCAGUUUCCAUGUGUUUGAAAUCUAAAUUAUUAUAAUCAAAAGUUGAAAUCUAAGGCUGUUACAUUAGCUUUAGUUUUUCUCUGGAUCAAAUCUAUGCCUUCUAUUCCCAGGUACUGCUUCACCCCUAGCAUUCCCCCCUCCCCCCAGGUUAGAAUUAAUGCUCCAUGUAUAAUUUUUGUAGUUUUAAGAAAUUUGUUACUCUUGAAUCUCAGUAGUGCAUGUGUGUUCAGAUCCUAAAAUCAUUACAUCUGCCUUUUUUUUUUACCAGUAGGAUUAUUUUUAGCCCAUUGUCAUUCAUCAACUUUGUUACUGAAUUUUAAUUAAUGUAUAUAUCAAAAUUGAUGUAUAUAUCUUUCUAUUAUUAUUUAUCACC